CAUUUAGGCUCUGAUUGGUUCUCAGAAAAUGCCAAGUAAAAUGGUGAAAAGUCAAAGUAAAAUACUUUUCAUGUUUGGUUAAAAAGUAAAAAGGAGAGUAAAAGAAAACUAGGAAAACACGGGAAAAAAAAUUAGCCUAAAAUAAGGAAAAUCUCUUUUCCUCAAAAAAAGUGAUGAAAGCCCUAGGAAAAAAGUAACGGGACUUUCUUCUUCACCUCUCUUCUUCACUUCAUCUUCUUCAAUUCGCUGCCAUGGCUUCAAAAUUACCAUCUUCUUCAAAUUCUCGCCGUCGAUCACCUUGAUUGAGUGCGAAUCUGCAAAUCCCACCGUCGGACAUGAAGAACGGCCGAAGACCACCAGUUCGGCGAGGUCAAAUUCCCAAUUUUGGGUAUCGUAACUUGAAUCCGCCGAGAGAGAGAAAUAUGGAGUUAGACGAGAGCUAUAACAGUUUUACUCAACUGCAGGAUGAUGAUAUUGAACCGAUUGAAGAGAAUGGUAAUCACGAUCAACGUGAAAAAGUGAAAAAAUGGGCAGCUACAUGUAUAGUUGUUUAUGCAGCACAUGUUGCAUUUCUUUGUUCAUUAAUACGGGGUCCGACUUUUGAAAAUGAUUCUGGUUUGGAGGAGUUGGACUACGGACGACAUAGUAUAGUGAAACGACUCACAAAAAUGAAAGAGGAGAAUUGUCGUAACCAGUUACGAAUGGGGAAAAACGCUUUUGCAAAUCUCGUGUACAUACUAAAAGGUAGAGGUCUUCUUAGAGAUACUGCACGCUCUAGGGUAGAAGAGCAAGUAGCUAAGUUUUUGUACAUAAUUGGUCAUAAUCAAAAAUUUAGAGUAGUCGGUUUCAACUUUAGACGCUCUGGUGAGACGAUUAGCCGGCACUUCCACCUAGUGCUUCGAGCAAUUAUAUCUCUUGAAGAGCUAUUCUUAAAGCAACCUAAUGGAGAUGAGUGUUCCAAAAAGAUUCAGGAUAAUCAAACUUAUUGGCCAUACUUCAAGAAUUGUGUAGGUGCAAUUGAUGGAACACAUAUUCGACUCAAAGUUUCAAAUAGUGAUGCACCAAGAUAUCGUGGUCGCAAGUCUUUCCCUACUCAAAAUAUUUUAGUUGCAUCCAAUUUUGACUUGAUGUUUACUUAUGUGCUUCCUGGUUGGGAAGGAUCGGCCUCAGAUUCCAGAAUUUUGAAUGAUUCUUUGACUAGGGAAAUUGAUCGUUUAAUCGUUCCUGAAGGUAAAUACUACCUUGCAGAUGGAGGAUUCCAGUUAAAAGUAGGAUUUUUGACUCCCUUUCGUAGUACUCGUUAUCAUCUUAAUGAAUAUAGUGUUCAUGGUCCACAAGACUUUCAAGAACUUUUCAAUCUACGCCAUGCAAAAUUAAGAAAUGCAGUCGAACGUUCUUUUGGAGUCUUGAAAAAAAGAUUUGCAAUUUUGAGAAGUGGGACGGAACCUCACUUUUACGCUGAGGCAUUAGGUGACAUUGUGUUGGCAGGAUGUAUUAUUCACAAUUAUCUUAUGGGUGUUGAUCCAGAUCAAAAACUUAUCGCAGAGGUUGAUAGAGAGUUGGCAGCCAAAGCUCCUGAAACUUAUCCAAAGUUAGUUGAUGAUUGUAGGAAAGGGGAAAUUCUAAGAGAAAGUAUUGCACUAGAUAUGUGGAAAAGCUAUAACAUACGUCGUCGGUCUUAAUAUGUUUGUCUGAUAAAAUAUUAUAGUUUGAGUUUGUUUUGUCUUU